CCGAAAGGAGGCUAGGAUUGCGUAUCCUGGGUGACGUUGCUUUCGAUAGUCCACAGCGAAGUUAUGAAUGUACAAAGGUACCAGCUCUCAGGAGUGUGAUCUCGCCUUUUGCCUCUCAAGCAGUCCUUCGGGGGGUGUUUUGAUUUUGGUUCCACACUGUCACUACGAUGCAAUUCCUACCAUCAAGUCUACUCCCGCUGCUCUUGACGACCGUCGUAACUGCACAAACCACAACAUCAUGUAAUCCAACAGAGAAAACCUGCUCAGCAAACACCGCUCUCUCAUCCAGCACCUACACCCACGACUUCACCACAGGCCUCGACUCCACCAACUUCAACAUCACUGCCGGCAACGUAACCGCCACCUCCUCGGGCGCGCUCUUCACUAUCACCAAAUCCGGCGACGCCCCCACCAUCCGCAGCAAGUGGUACAUCUUCUUCGGACGCGUGUCGUUCAUCCUGCGCGCCUCGCCCGGCACAGGCAUUGUCAGCUCCGCGAUCCUCCUCUCCGACGACCUCGACGAGAUCGACUGGGAGUUCCUCGGCGGCGAGCCGGACGUCGCGCAGACGAAUUACUUCGGGAAAGGGGAGUCCACCACGACAAACCGCGAGGUCGAUGUCGCGGCGGCCGGUAGCCAGACUACUUCACACAACUACACUGUCGUGUGGAAGAAAGAUCAGACGCAAUGGCUUGUCGAUGGCGUCGUGUUGCGGACGCUGACGGCGGACGAGGCGACCGCAGGCGGCAACAGCUAUCCGCAGACGCCGAUGGAUGUGAGGAUUGGGAUCUGGGCUGGCGGCGACAGUGGGAAUUCUGAGGGAACGAUUGAGUGGGCGGGUGGCGAGACCGAUUAUAGUCAGGGUCCCUUUGAGAUGGUACUAGAGAAGGUGGAGGUCGUGAAUGACAAUCCGGGGACGAGCUAUACUUAUGGGGACACGAGCGGAGAUGCGGACAGUAUCAAGGUUGAUGGUUCGGGGACCACUUCGUCGGUAUCGGCAUCGCUGGGAACGAAGACGAGUACUGCAAGUGGUAGUGCUGGUAUCAGUACGGAUGUGACUACAGCGACGGCGACGACGACUGGGUCGAUGUGGUGGACGGCCAGCGCCGAAGCACUUAUCUCCAAGUCACAGUCUGGGGGAAGCCGAAUUUCCGCCAGCUACAAAUGGUACGGAGUAGCACUGGGCACGUUGUUGGCGCUGUUGUAGCUUUUUGCAACCCAGUUCACUUUAGUCAAAUCACUCAACGUUGCAACUGUCAUGGUUAACGUGAUGAACAAGGACGAACUGCACUUCACUUACGCUCUCUUAACAUAGGUAGGGUGAGAAUGAGGAUAACAGUAUGCAUUGAGCUAUAAUAUCAAAAACAGUAGGACGCAAAAUUGCGCAGACUGCCAGCAGACUCGGGAAAAGCUAUGUCGAGCUAUGAAGUGCUAUGGCGCUGCAAUUUAGACAGAAGAGAGA